UUUGUCUUACAGAGGAAGAACAGCAACCUCCUGGUGAAUGUGCUUUUGUUGGCAGCGUGGGGGGUUGUCUUAUUGGCAUGCCGCUUCUCCUGGAUGGGCAACAAGCCCCCAAACUUCUCUAACUCGGACAACCCGGCAGCUGACUCGCCAUCACUCCUCACCAGGACUCUAACCUUUUUCUAUCUACCUGCCAUCAACUUUUGGCUGCUCCUUUGCCCAGACAGGCUUAGUUUUGAUUGGUCGAUGGAUGCUUUGCCUCUGAUCAGGAGCCUUACGGACUUGAGGAACAUCUAUUCAUUUAUUUUCUACAUUGGUCUGCUUUUGCUGGCUUGGUUUGGCUUAUGGACACACUCAACUUCCAAGACCAAGGAAACCAAUGGAAAAAGUCACAAUUAUAUUAAUGGCAGAAAUGGGAGCAGUAACGGACACAGUUACCAGUGUAACAACCACGAACACACCAGUUACUCCAUUAAAGAGACUAAUAAUAUUAGUGCACAGAAUGGUUCCAAAAGCCACUAUGAAAGCAGGACUACACUGCCGACCAGUGAAAAUGUUGUGGCUUUCUCCUUGGGCCUCUUAGCUAUCCCUUUUUUACCUGCAACAAACUUGUUUUUUUAUGUUGGAUUUGUGAUAGCAGAGAGAGUACUGUACAUCCCCAGCAUGGGCUUUUGCUUGCUGGUUGCUGUGGGGCUGAGGUCCCUGUGCAUCCAAGUCCGAUGCAGGUCCUCCAGGAGAGCCUUGCUCCUCUGCAGUGGAGUGUUGGUGGUUCUGUUUGGGGUGAAAACUGUUCUGAGGAAUAAAGACUGGCAGAAUGAGGAGAUGCUCUACAAGUCGGGGAUUUAUGUCAACCCUGCUAAAGCUUGGGGCAACCUUGGAAAUGUUUUGAAGAGCCAGGGGAAGAUGGAUGAGGCUGAGCAGGCUUACAGGAAUGCUCUGUAUUAUCGUAGCAACAUGGCCGACAUGCUGUAUAACUUAGGUUUGCUGCUGCAGGAAAGCAACAAGUUCUCAGAGGCUCUCCACUACUAUAAGCUGGCCAUUGGGAGCCGUCCAACGUUGGCUUCGGCCUACCUGAACACAGGCAUCAUUCUGAUGAACCAGGGUCUCCUGGACGAGGCAAAACGGACCUUCCUCACCUGCGCCGACAUCCCUGAUGAGAACUUGAAGGACCCCCAUGCCCACAAGAGUUCGGUCACCAGCUGCCUUUACAACCUGGGCAAGCUGCUGCAUGAGCAGGGACAUCAGGAGGAGGCUAUCUCAACGUUUAAAGAAGCAAUACAGAAAAUGCCAAGACAAUUUGCACCGCAGAGCCUUUACAACAUGUUGGGAGAAGCCUACAUGCGCCUGAAUAAGCUGUCUGAAGCUGAACACUGGUACAGAGAGUCUCUGAGAGCCAAGCCGGACCACAUUCCUGCACACCUUACCUAUGGCAAACUCCUGGCCAUGACAGGGCAGAAAACAGAAGCAGAGAGGUACUUCCUGAAGGCCAUCCAACUGGAUCCCACAAAGGGCAACUGUUACAUGCAUUAUGGUCAAUUUUUAUUGGAAGAGUCACGGCUGUUGGAAGCAGCAGAGAUGGCAAAGACGGCUGCGCGCCUCGACAGUGGGGAAUUUGAUGUGGUCUUCAGUGCCGCUCACAUACUCAGACAAGCCAAACUCAAUGAGGCAGCCGAGAAGUAUUACGGACAAGCAGCAAGUCUUAGACCCAACUACCCUGCAGCUUUGAUGAACCUUGGAGCAAUCCUCCACCUCAACGGUAAACUGCAAGAAGCUGAAGCCAAUUAUCUCCGGGCUCUUCAGCUAAAACCAGAUGACACCAUCACCCAGUCGAAUCUGCGUAAGCUUUGGAACAUCAUGGAGAAGCAGGGCCUGAGGACCACAAGCCCCUGAGAUCUCCCAAGCCGCCUACAUGCCAUCUGCGCACCAGACCCAGAAAGGACGACGGCCUACGUGCCCUCAUUGUGUUUUCUCAUUCAGGAGAGAAGACAGAGAUGGAGGAUAUUUGCAGAGAUGAAGCAACUGUGCUGCACAGCCUCCCUAAUCACCUUUGAGCUCUGCAAACAUCUCAGGCCUGCAGCUUUUCACAGUAUUGCUUACAGUUUGGAAGGCGCUAUGUGGUAUUUGGAUGCCUUUCUGCAGAUUUACUGUCCUCACGGAAUCCUUAAAUUUUUUUAUAUAAGAACACUUGAAGAGAGGCCACAAGUUCAUCACUCCAGCAGUUUGAGCUACAACAAAGACUGAGAGGAGUGCUGAGGGAGUAUCUGUCAGAUUUUAGUUUCAAUACAUGCUUUUACUUGAAAAUGAAGAAAAGACGGUACUGUCAAAUGAAGAACAGGACAUAGUUUAACUUCUUAAAAUGUGUACCUUGAAGCUAUAUUAUUACCACUUUAACCUUUUCAUUAAAAUCCUCAAAUUUGCUUUUUUAUUUUUUAACUCAGUAUUGUUUUUCAAAUGUAGCAGCUGUCCUGAUGUUUAAAGAAAAGCAUAAAAAGGGAAAACAAUGUAAGUAUUAAAGCACAAUUAGAGUCUCGAAAGCAUCGAAAAGGCUAUAAUUUGCCAAUUUUGGCAAGUAAAGGAGGGGAAGUAGAUUAUCUGAUGACUUUAAGGAUUAAUUAUUUCAUUAAUGCACCUGCAAUUUACUUAACUUUUUGCCACUCUUCACAUUCUGAUAAACCACAGCAGCAACUUGCUUAGAAGCUUAUAUUAAACUACUUUCAAACAAAAAGCUUAGAGCUUCAGGUUGCUGGUGGACUGCCUUCCCAGUUGCCAUGAAGUGCUACAGGACCUAAAACAGAGUUCAUUCAGCCAAAUAUAAAUGUUAAGCUAAUGUCCAACUUUCUUCGUUACAUGGACCAACGCACAGUCACAGCUCAUUCAAAGAGAAACAUUUAAAUGCCUUUGUGUUAAAAUAAAGUUCCUUCAUUUUGUUUGUUUUAAUAAAGUCUAAUAUAUAGCAACUAGGUUUUUAAUUUACAGAACAACACAUCAAACUGUAGCUCCAUGAUUUGAGAAUUCAUUGCUUGUUACAGUAGUUUGUGGGGUUUCAGUCUACUUGCAGCUGCCCUUAGCUCUCAUAUGUAUAAAUUUUGUCUACUUUUCUUUUCCUUCUCUUUAUUGUCAGUCUUUAGUAAAUGACCGAGCACCUUCAUUUCUUGUACAGUAUUUGUGGUUAUUUCUUGGCCCAAGUCAUACAUAUUUAGAUGUGUCUUCGUUUUAACACUUCUUGGUUGUUGCUCUGUUCCCUUUACUGUAGUUCUAAGAAACCUGUUUUGUCUUUUCUGGGACUUCCAGCUGGACCCUUGCUGUGGUGUAGCACCAGGUUUUGUGGCGUUUUUUAAAUAUCACUGCCUAUUCUCACAGUUAUAGAUUACAAACCUAUAGUAUGUGCAGUGCUUUCCCAACAACAAAUCACAUUUUGUAAUGGUGAUCACUGUACCAGGGGCUGCAGCUUCCAGUCUGUGUGACAUAGCGCCGACUGGGAGAUGCACACUUAACUCAUAUAUCCCCAAAUAGCAGCUGAAUCACUUUUCACUAAAUGAUAUAUGUUCCAAGCAAAAUUUAAAUCUUAUGUAACUAUUUCACAAAUAGAAUUAUCAGCGUAUUAUAUGAAUAAAACAGAGAAGAAAGACGCUUGUGUUUUAUUUUACUGCACCUUAAGGCUACUGAAUUUUUUAUCUUAUGCAGUUCUUAGAAAAAAAAAGUAUUUACUUCCUUUACAGAUUUCUGCGGUUUUGGCUGCAUUUGUCACUUAAAUGUUUCAGAACCAAACAAACUUUGAUAUCUGAAAAAUGGAGUUUGACCGAAAUAAAAUAUGAAGGGACAAAACAGUAUAAACGAUAAAAUCACUUGUAAUAUGAAAACCAGCUGGCAAACCUGGCCUGAAAUGAAAAAUGACUGUGGCAAAAUCAUGAAGUAACUGAUUACCUUUUUUUUGUUUGUUUAAUUUCACCAGACAUAUGUUGGUCUUUAUUAGUCUUGCCUUUUUUUUUAUUUCACAUGUAAAAUGAAGGAAAAGGAGUUCAUGGAAGUUCUGUAUGUUUUAAAUGGUUACUUAAAAUAUAUAGAUACCGUUGAUUUACCUGACUUAGCUCUGCACUGAACAUCCUCUUCAGGACAGCGAGAUUCUGAUUCAAAGCAGUUCAUUAGUUGUCUCCCGGUGCUGUUUUACUAUAAAGGAGAUAAAGAAAUGUUAAGAGUUCACUUUGAUUUGUUGCCACUCACACACAAGCAAACACAAACUCAUUCCUGAUGUAAAUAUUUAAAGUGUUGAUGAAGAAACGCACGUUUUUUUUAUGUCUUUAAGAAGGUGUAAAAAGAAGUGUUUCUCUGUGUCUCUGCUCAGGGAUCUCAAGCAGUUGGCUAUUGCAGAAACUUGUUCACAGAGAGUUUACUAAAUUAAAAUUUAUUUUUUAAAUGUGUAUUUGUAUAAAUUAUCAGGAUUUGUAGCCCUACCCUCAUCUUUUUGUAAAAUAAAAAAGAAUGAAACAAUGUGCAAAAUA